GUCUUAUGUCAUUAUCUCGGACAAAAAGCGAGUGUAUAUAUAUACAUUUCCCUAAUGUUGGAUGAGAACCCUCGAUGCGCCUUUGCCAAAGGACUGAAUCAGUCGGGUUCAAUGGUCGGAACUGAAGGCAACACCUGCUGCUGAGUUUUUGGCAGUGUAUUAUAUUACAGGUAAGCCCCGCGGCAGCCUAGAAUUGAACCCUUCCGCAGCCUGCAUAGCCAGCAGCAGAGAAAUGACCAUUUUCCAUGCUUCCUCAGAUUGAGUGGUGGUAUACCACUGUAAUAAUCUGCACAGCGUCGUGGAAAUUCCAAGCGCAGACUCGAUGAAUCACGCACUCUUACAUCCUCCGAACACAUAUUUGGGGUGUCUCACGUGUUUGUUCCUGCUACUUAGCCCGAUUGAUCUCGUUCAUUUCCCGCGCCCUACUAGUACGUGGAUCCCACAAGUUGAUGAGGGCACUAAAUCUUCUGUGCGGAAUACAUCCAUGAAUUACCUCAUUUACCAGAACGCUGGAGGAACUUGUAUUCUCUCGUAUUCCACAGUGGGCCCAGAGGCAAUAAAGUGUUUCCGACCGAUUGGCACCGGUGCAGUUCUGCUGUGACCCAUUACGGACUUAUGUUGGAAUGUGGAUAAGCUGGAAACAGUCGUAUAGUUUUCGAAUGUUCACUUUGUCACAAGGAAAGACAACACUCAGGUAUGAUAAAAGCACAGUUGACCUUUCAUAACAAACCAUCGCAGGAUCCAUGUGCGCACCAUCGAUUUAUCGAGCUAGCGCAAAAGCUCGGAAAAGUUAAAGGCAUAUUGCACCUUACUCUCAGAUGAAUAAUGCCCCUCAGCGAUUAGAUCAAGGUUUACUAGGAGCGAAUUGACGUAUUAUGAUAGCCCUGAAAACUGAAUGUGCUGAGCUUGUGACGCGGCAAUGACGCGGUCUGGUCACAUCAAACCACGAAAUUCCUGCUACAGGGGAAUACCUGAACGUUG